UGUACAGUUAUACUUGUUCUUUUUGUCCAGCUUUUAUGUUUAAUAAAUAUUUUCUUAAUUUUAUUGAGCAAAGAUUGUGUCUUUAAUUUUCAAAAGGAAGACUUUUGACAUAAUAUUCUGGCGAAGUUUGCUCCCCUCCAUGAUCAUAUUUAGAAAGUUUAUGUCACCUUCCUCUGUUGUGCACGUUGUUCUUCCUCAAACUCUGUCUUUGCUUUUCAAUUUUCCUCUUUGAUUCAAACACACCCUCUCUCUCUCUCUCUCUCUACUUUUUCAUCAUCAGAACUCCUCCAAUGCUUUGGUCAGAAAAGAAGGGUUGCAUGGUUUUGGUCUGAAAAGAAAGCGAAAAAGGAACCGAGGAAGAACUAAAGAUGUUACAGAGAGCUGCAAGCAAUGCAUAUUCAUGGUGGUGGGCGAGUCACAUCAGAACAAAGCAAUCAAAAUGGCUGGAGAUUAACCUCCAAGAAAUGGAGGAAAAGGUGCAAACUGUGCUUCAGCUCAUUACAGAGGAUGGAGACUCCUUUGCCAAGAGAGCAGAAAUGUACUACAAAAAAAGACCGGAAUUGAUACACUUCGUGGAAGAGACCUACAGAGCUUACAGGGCCUUGGCUGAAAGGUAUGACCACCUUUCGACAGAGCUACAAAAUGCCAACAACACAAUUGCUUCUGUUUUCCCUGAACAAGUUCAGUUUGCAAUGGAUGAUGAAGACGAAACGCCCUCACCUAAACCGAGAAAGCCUCUAGACAUGUCAAAAGGGAACAUCCCACAGGUGCCUAAGGGUCCUACUAAGAAUUUGAAGAGUCUUAUCAAACAAGCAACGGUUGGCAACAAGAAACUGCAGCCUCAGAAGUCGGUGAGAAAAUCAACAACUGUGAAAACAGUUCCCAAAUCUGGUUUGAGCAAACCUGAGGGACUUGAAGAGAUUGACAAGAUUCAGAAGCAGAUUCUGGCACUGCAAACUGAGAAAGAGUUUGUAAAGAGCUCGUAUGAGAAUGGACUUGCCAAGUACUGGGAGAUUGAGAAUAACAUCAAGGGAAUGCAAGAGAAAGUAAGCAGCUUGCAGGAUGAGUUUGGUGAGGGUCUGGUGAUUGAAGAUAAUGAUGCUCGGGGUUUGAUGGCAGCAGCAGCAUUGAAAUCAUGCCAAGAUACAUUGACUCAGUUGCAGAAGAAACAGGAAAGUUCAGCUGAGGAAGCAAGAGUUGAGUCACAAAGGGUUAAGGAUGCCAGGAAGAACUUUGAGUCUCUGAAGAAUAAGCUUCCUAAUGAUCAGGCCAAUCCCGGAAAGUCAUAUGCAAAAGAUGAAGACGUAAAAGCAGUAAAGGGGACAAAUUCAGAGCAGGAAGAGGAGAGUGAAACUCAUGACAGAGAGAAACUAGAGAUGUUACAAGAGAAAAUCAAGGAGCACUAUGAUGCAGUGUCAGAUGAAUCUCUCACCGUUAGUGAAAUGGCAGAGAGGAUUGACGAGAUUGUGAGUAAAGUGAUCAGCUUAGAGACUGCUAUUUCAUCCCAGACAGCUCUAGUCGAUAGAUUAAGAAGUGAAAACAACGAGUUAUGUGAACAAAUUCGUACUUUGGAAGAUGACAAGGCGACUCUAAUUGAUGGCAAGAAGGAGUUAGUGAGUAAAAAGCUGAAUGAGUUGGAGGAAACAUUGCAGCGAGCUCAGGAUCUAAACACAAGUGUUGAAAGCCAGAAGAACAAUCUCCAGAUACAUUUUACUGAAGCGCAUUACAGCCUUGAUCAUAUUUCUCAUAAGCUGGAAACCGUGAAGCCAGAUGAAGAGCUGAGUGCCUCAGACUCAUCAAAAACAAAUGAGGAAUCUCUUGAUGCAGCCAAGUUGCAAAAAAAGCUUCAAGGAGGAGAUAAUGCAGUUGAUCCUGCUGAUGAUCUCAAGCCAGUGCAGCAAGUGAAGUCAGACAAGGACCAGAAGCCUACAGUUUUGGCUCAUAAAGAUGAAGAAUCUUCAGCACAAGAGUCUACACAACAUGAGGAAACACCAAAUCCUGGUGAUGGUUCUGUAAAAGCUAAAGAAGUACUCCGUACUUCUGCUGGAGAUCAAGAAGGAGAUGUUUGCCAAUCCCCGGAAAAUAAUAGUGAAGAAAAGAAACUUGUGCUCAAGGACGAGGAGAAUAGUACUCCAAGGCAGACAAUUGGUAGUCUUCUUGAUAUGGAAUUAACCAAUUUGGAGUCAAAGAAUGAAGAUAGGCCAGACUGGCAGAAAAUGUUUACAACUGGACUGGCAGACAAAGAAAAGAUUCUAUUGAAAGAGUACACUGCAACUCUUCGGAACUACAAGGAUCUCAAGAAGAAGUUUACUCUGGCUGAGAAUGACCUCUUUGAAACAUCAGUGCAGAUGAAAGAACUGAAGAGUGCCAAUGCCAUAAAGGAUGAAGAGAUCAAAGCAUUGCAUAAGAAAUUGGACCUUCUCAUACGGAGUUCGGGUGAAAAUCAAGAAGCACUCAAAGCUUUAGACGAGGGGCAGACACCAACCGAAAAUGAAGAGCAUGAUCCAAUCAAGGACCUUUUAAAUGAUAAUACUCCCACUACAUCAGCAAUCGAAGAAAAAUUCAGAGCUAACAUUGAUGAACUGUUGGAGGAGAACUUGGAUUUCUGGUUAAAGUUUAGCACUUCGUUCCAUCAGAUACAGAAGUUUGAAACUAGCAUCAAAGAUUUACAGUCCGACAUAUCAAAGCUCGAGGAAGGGAGAAAGAAAGAAGGAAGUAGUCAUUCAAAACAUUCUCUGAAAUCAGAUGCACGGCCGUUAUACAAGCACCUAAUGGAGAUACAGACUGAACUAAAUGUUUGGCUGGAAAAGAGUUCGCUACUGAAAGACGAACUUCAGUGCAGGUUCUCUUCUUUGUGUGACAUUCAAGAAGAAAUAACCAAGGCCUUGAAGACAAGCGCUGAGGAUGGAGACUUCGACUUUACGAGCUACCAAGCUGCAAAGUUCCAAGGGGAGAUUUUAAAUAUGAAACAAGAGAAUAACAAGGUUGGAGAUGAGUUACAAGCAGGGUUGGAUCAUGCGACAGCGCUCCAACUUGAAGUAGAAAAAGUUAUGGCAAAGUUGAACGAGGAAUACAAAUUCUCUGCAUCAAUGAAGAAGCAGCAGCCGGUUCAACCGCAGCUGACUCAUUCUGAGAGCCGGUCCAGAGUUCCUUUGCGUUCAUUUAUCUUUGGUGUCACACCAAAAAAGCAAAGGCGAUCGAUCUUCGCUGUUGUUGCCCCUGCUAUGCAUAAGAAAUACCACGCAAAAAAUAGAUCAAACUCUAACCAGCAGUAAACUCUUUCACUGUUUUUGCUGCUUGUUUUCUUCACUUUUAUGUCCUGAAUGAGAGGUUUUGUAUUUUAACUUUGAACAGUAUUUUGACAGGUUUCAGUAGAGUAUUCUCUUUUUCUUUAGGUCUCUUUGUUUUCAGCUUUUAUCUGGGAACGUCUGUUAUUUAUUUAUCAAUUACCAUACAUUUUUUAUUGUGUAUCAAAACAACAGAACCAUUUAUUUUCAUUUUGGCAUGCAAUUGACUGCACUUUCGAGUUGCAUCGUGUUUAGUCACUACCAUACAUGUUUCUUUUCUGGAGGAAUGUAAUAU